GCAGGGUAUCCUUCCAGCUCUUCGGCAGAAAUUCUUGGGAUUUUUCUGUUUUUUUUUCCUGCGACUGUUUCUCUCUCGCUCUCUCCAUAUUCUUACCAAGUCGCGCUUUCUUGUUUGAGUUCUCUCCUGGAAUUACGGUUUGUUCACGGAAUUUAAAAAACUGCGACCCUACGAAGGAAGAGGAGACGCAAUCCGUAUGGCUAGAACGGGUCUUUGGAAUGCCGAUUGAUCAUACAUUUGUAUACUUUUUCCAGGGGAGAGAGAAACAAGGAAAACAACUGUCUUGCUAAAGGUUUUGUACCCAGUCUUGUUUAGUUUAUUAAAAGAGACACACGGCUUUUAAAGUGUAGCUAACACGAACCUCUAUGAAAAUAUUUCUCAUCAUUGCUCUACACUGUCUGUUAUAUUUUAAAUUCUUGAACAUUCAAAACAAUAAAAAGUUUCCGCAUAAAAAGCCCCGUAAACCCAUUGCUACAGUAGAAGGAUUUGUCCACCUUAAAUGAGGAAUCUCGCUUUGCAACGCUGUUUCAGCCGAAACAUUGCGUGUUGCGGAUCGCCCUACCGCACACUUGAAAUUUUGUUUAUGGACUAUCUGGUAAUUAAUUUCACUUGGUGAAGUUCCAAAUGAACGUACUUUGGAUUUAACUGGAGACUAACAGCAACGAUCCCCGUUCGCAGUGUGCUGUGCCUCGUUUCAUUUUCUUCAUGCGUUUCUUCACGGAGGGAAUAUGCUGCAAAAUUGAAGGAAGUCGCGAGGCAGUAUGACUUGGUCUUGCAACUCCCUUGAAUCGCAUUUCUCCGCGUAUAUAAUAUCUUGAUGUGGUACAUUUUUGGUUUACAAAUAUGAUGAAAUGGCAGCCCCGGAAGAAGGCAUACUUCCGACAGGGUGUUGCCCUUCAGUACCUGGGGCGGCAUGCCGACGCACUGGCCGCCUUUGCCUCUGGGCUUGCCCAGGACCCCAAGAGCCUUCAGCUGCUGGUGGGAAUGGUGGAGGCCGCCAUGAAAUCACCGUUACGAGAGUCCCUGGAGCCCACCUACCAGCAGCUGCAGAAGAUGAAGCUGGACAAGAGCCCCUUCGUGGUGGUGUCUGUGAUCGGCCAGGAGCUGCUGACGGCCGGCCACCACGGCGCCUCGGUGGUGGUGCUGGAGGCCGCGCUCAAGAUCGGCACCUGCAGCCUAAAGCUGCGCGGCUCCGUCUUCUCCGCCCUCAGCAGCGCCUACUGGUCGCUGGGCAACACCGAGAAAAGCACCGGCUACAUGCAGCAGGACCUGGAGGUGGCCAAGACCUUAGGUGACCAAACGGGCGAAUGCCGGGCCCACGGGAACCUGGGGUCGGCAUUCUUCUCCAAGGGGAACUACCGUGAGGCCCUGACCAACCACCGGCACCAGCUGGUCCUGGCCAUGAAGCUGAAGGACAGAGAGGCGGCCUCCUCUGCACUCAGCAGCCUGGGCCACGUGUACACGGCCAUCGGCGACUACCCCAACGCUCUGGCCAGCCACAAGCAGUGCGUCCUGCUGGCCAAGCAGUCCAAGGACCAGCUGUCAGAGGCGCGGGAGCUGGGCAACAUGGGCGCCGUCUACAUCGCCAUGGGCGACUUCGACAACGCCGUGCAGUGCCACGAGCAGCACCUGGGCAUCGCCAAGGCCCUGGGCAACAAGCGGGAGGAGGCGCGGGCCUACAGCAACCUGGGCAGCGCCUACCACUACCGCCGCAACUUUGACAAGGCCAUGUCCUACCACACCCACGUGCUGGAGCUGGCCCAGGAGCUGGCCGAGCGGCCCAUCGAGAUGCGGGCCUACGCCGGGCUGGGCCACGCCGCCCGCUGCAUGCAGGACCUGGAGCGGGCCAAACAGUACCACGAGCAGCAGCUGGCUAUCGCAGAGGGGCUCGCGGACCGGGCAGCCGAGGGGAGGGCCUCCUCCAACUUGGGGAUCAUCCAUCAGAUGAAAGGAGAUUAUGAGACUGCACUGAAACUCCACAAAACUCAUCUCUCCAUCGCACAGGAGCUGAGUGACUACGCGGCACAAGGCAGGGCCUACGGCAACAUGGGCAAUGCCUAUAACGCGCUUGGUAUGUUUGACCAGGCUGUGCGCUACCACCGGCAGGAGCUGCAGAUCUCCAUGGAGGUCAAUGACCGCGCCUCCCAGGCCUCCACCCACGGCAACCUGGCGGUGGCCUACCAGGCCCUGGGAGCCCAUGACCGGGCCCUCCAGCACUACCAGAACCACCUGAACAUCGCCCGCGAGCUUCGGGAUGUCCAGAGCGAGGCCCGGGCCCUGGGCAACCUGGGCAACUUCCACUGCUCCCGGGGGGAGUUCCCUCAGGCAGUGCCCUAUUACGAGCAGUACCUGCGCCUCUCCCCAGACCUCCAGGACAUGGAAAGCGAGGGCAAAGUCUGCCAUAACCUUGGCUACGCCCAUUAUUGCCUGGGCAACUUUCAGGAGGCCGUCAAGUACUAUGAGCAAGACCUGGCUCUGGCUAAGGACUUGCAUGACAAACUCAGUCAGGCUAAGGCCUACUGCAACCUUGGCCUGGCCUUCAAGGCCCUGGGCAACUUUACCAAGGCUGAGGAGUGCCAGAAGUACCUCCUCUCACUGGCCCAGUCACUCAACAACUCGCAGGCCCGCUUCCGCGCACUCGGAAACCUGGGGGACAUCUUUGUUUGCAAGAAGGACGUGGGCGGGGCCAUCAAGUUCUACGAACAGCAGCUUGCUCUGGCCCACCAGGUCAAAGAGCGUAAGAUGGAAGCCUGCGCCUACGCCGCCUUGGGUGCUGCCUACCGGAUGGUGCAAAAAUUCGACAAGGCCCUGGGGUACCACACCCAGGAGCUGGAGGUCUACCAGGAGCUGGGGGACGUCCAGGGGGAGUGCCAGGCCCACGGGCACCUGGCGGCUGUCUACAUGUCCCUUGGGAAGUACACCAUGGCCUUCAAGUGCUACGAGGAGCAGCUGGAGCUGGGCCAGAAGCUGAAGGACCCCAGCGUGGAAGCGCAGGUCUACGGGAACAUGGGCAUCACUAAGAUGAACAUGAGCGUGAUGGAGGAGGCCAUCGGCUACUUCGAGCAGCAACUGGCCAUGCUGCAGCAGCUGAGCGGCAACGAGGCUGUGCUGGACCGGGGCCGCGCCUACGGAAACCUGGGUGACUGCUACGAAGCGCUGGGCGACUACGAGGAGGCCAUCAAGUACUACGACCAGUACCUGUCAGUGGCCCAGAGCCUGAACCGCAUGCAGGACCAAGAGAAGGCCUACCGGGGCCUGGGGAACGGGCAUAGGGCGAUGGGCAACCUGCAGCAGUCGCUGGUGUGCUUUGAGAAGCGGCUGGUGGUGGCCCAUGAGCUGGGGGAGUGUGGCAACAAGGCGCAGGCCUAUGGGGAGCUGGGCAGCCUGCACAGCCAGCUGGGCAACUACGAGCAGGCCAUCUCCUGCCUGGAGCGGCAGCUGGGAAUCGCCCGCGAUACCAAGGACCGACUGCUGGAGGGCGACGCUAGCUGCGGCCUGGGCGCCGUCUACCAGCUGAUGGGCGAGCACGACACGGCGCUGCAGUACCACCAGCUGGACCUGGAGAUCGCCGAGGAGACGUGCAGCGCCGGGCGGCAGGGCCGGGCCUACGGCAACCUGGGCCUCACCUACGAGUCGCUGGGCAACUUCGAGCGGGCCGUGGUGUACCAGGAGCAGCACCUGAGCAUCGCGGCCGAGACCAACGACCUGGUGGCCAAGACCCUGGCCUACAGCAGCCUGGGCCGCACGCAUCACGCCCUGCAGAACUACUCCCAGGCUGUCAUGUACCUGCAGGAAGGGCUGCGCCUGGCAGAACAGCUGGGCCGACGUGAAGACGAAGCCAAGAUCCGCCAUCGUCUGGGCCUGUCGUUGUGGGCCAGCGGCAACCUGGAAGAAGCCCAGCACCAGCUCUAUCGAGCGUCGGCGCUGUUCGAGACCAUUCGCCACGAGGCCCAGCACAGCACGGACUACAAGCUCUCCUUGUUUGACCUGCAGACGUCAUCUUACCAGGCGCUGCAGAGGGUCCUCGUCAGCCUCGGUCACCAUGACGAGGCCCUGGCCGUGGCGGAGAGAGGCCGAACCCGGGCCUUCGCGGACCUGCUGGUAGAGCGGCAGACUGGCCAGCAGGACUCGGACCCUUACACCCCGGUCACGGUGGACCACAUCCUGGACACGGUCAACGGCCAGCGGGCCCUGGUGCUCUAUUUCUCGCUGGCCGCCGGAUACCUGUACAGCUGGCUGCUGGCGCCAGGGGCAGGUAUCCUGAAGUUCCACGAGGUGUACCUGGGAGAGGGGAUGUCAGAGAGCGGGGCGUCGGAGUUCCAGGAGGGUGGAAGCGGCGGCGGUCUGCAGGGCGGAGGCGGUGGGGGCUCUUCGCUGGAGCAAUACAUCGCGAGUGCCCGGGAGGCCCUGGGUGUGGACUCCUACUACAGCAGGGGCUGCUCCAGCAGUGAGACUGAGAGUGAGGCAGGGGACCUGCUAGACCAGCAGUUUGAGGAGCUCAACAACAAGCUGAACUCAGUGACUGACCCAACGGGCUUCCUGCGCAUGGUGUCCAGGAACAAUCUCUUCAACAGGAGCUGCCAGAGCAUGACCAGUCUGUUCAGCAAUACUGUGUCUCCCGCCAAAGAUAGCGGCUCCUCGCUGCCCCGUCGCGCCAGCGCCCUGAGCAAGCCCCCGCUCCGUGCCCUCUACGACCUGCUCAUCGCGCCCAUGGAAGGGGGCCUGAUGCACUCCAGUGGGCCCGUAGGCCGACACAGGCAGCUGGUGCUGGUCCUGGAGGGUGAGCUGUACCUCAUCCCCUUCGCUCUGCUGAAGGGCAGCUCCUCCAACGAGUACCUGUACGAGCGCUUCAGCCUCAUCGCCGUGCCUUCCAUCGGAGGCCUGGGAGCCGGCGCCAAGGUGCACCCUCGGCGGGCGGGGCCAGUGCUGUGCGGGGGCGGCUCCAUGGCGGCGGUGGUGGGCAACCCCCGGCUGCCCUCGUCAGUGAUGGACCGCUGGCUCUGGGGUCCCAUGCCUUCGGCUGAGGAGGAGGCCGUCAUGGUGUCAGAGCUGCUGGGCUGCCAGCCUCUGGCGGGGCCGGCCGCCACCAAGGAGCGGGUGAUGAGCGCCCUCAGCCAGGCCGAGUGCGCCCACUUCGCCACCCACAUCUCCUGGAAGCUGGCCGCCCUGGUGCUCACCCCCAACCCGGAGAGCGCCGCGCCCGGGGGGGCGGGGGCGGCGGGAGGUGGGGGCGCGGGGAAGGCCCCCUUCGGGAGCAGCUACACCAUCCCGGAGAGCCUGCGGGGUCAGGAUGACGGCAGCGACGCGGAGAGCAUCUGCGACAGCCCCCCUCUGCAGGAGUUCCUGCUCACUGCCGCCGACAUCCUGGACCUCCGGCUGCCCGUCAAACUGGUGGUGCUGGGGUCGUACCAGGAGUCCGACAGCAAGGUGACGGCAGACGGAGUGGUGGGUCUGACGCGGGCCUUCCUUGCGGCCGGGGCCCAGUGCGUGUUGGUGUCGCUGUGGCCUGUCCCUGUGGCCGCCUCCAAGGUGUUCGUCCACGCCUUCUACACCGCCCUGCUCAACGGCACCAAGGCCAGCGCCGCCCUUGCUGACGCCAUGAAGACCGUGCAGAGCAGCAAGCAGUUCUCCCACCCCUCCAACUGGGCAGGCUUCAUGCUGAUCGGGAGCGAUGUGAAGCUCAACAGCCCCUCAUCUCUGAUUGGCCAGGCGUUGGCAGAGAUCCUUCAGUACCCAGAGAAAGCUCGGGAUGCCCUGAGAGUCCUCCUGCAUCUGGUGGAGAAGUCCCUGCAGCGGAUCCAGAACGGCCAGCGGAACUCCAUGUACACAUCCCAGCAGAGCGUGGAGAACAAGGUGGGGGGUGUCCCGGGCUGGCAGGCGCUGCUGACGGCCGUGGGGUUUCGGCUGGACUCGGCCGGCACCGGCCUCCCCGCCGCUGUCUUCUUUCCCACCGCGGACCCUGGCGACAGGCUUCAGCAGUGCAGCACCACCCUGCAGUCGCUGCUCGGUCUGCCACCGUCUGCUCUGCAAGCUCUUUGCAAGCUCAUUACAGCCUCGGAGACGGGGGAGCAGCUCAUCAACAGGGCUGUUAAAAAUAUGGUGGGAAUGCUCCACCAGGUUCUGGUCCAGCUGCAGACUGGGGAGAAGGAACAGGACUUCUCUAUAGCUCCUAUCCAGGUGUCCAUCAGUGUCCAGCUCUGGAGACUGCCAGGCUGCCAUGAGUUCCUGGCUGCUCUGGGGUUUGACUUGUGCGAGGUGGGCCAGGAGGAGGUGGUUCUGAAGACGGGCAAGCAGGCCAACCGCCGCGUAAUGCACUUCGCCCUGCAGUCUCUCCUGGCACUCUUUGACUCCACAGAGCUGCCCAAACGCCUCAGUCUGGACAGCUCGUCCUCUCUGGAGUCGCUGGCUUCGGCCCAGUCCGUGUCCAACCAGCUUCCUCUGGGCUACCCCAACCCGCCCUUCUCCCCGCCCUGCCCCGACAGCCUGGCGUCAGACGCCAUUUCUGUCUACAGCCUCAGCUCCAUCGCCUCUUCCAUGAGCUUCGUGUCCAAGUCGGAGAGCGCCUGCGAGUUCCUCAGCCAGCGCCGGCAGCAGGACCUGGACCGGCACAGGGGCGGGGCAGGCCUCUUCUCCCCCAACAAGCACCCGGGCGUGCCCCGCAGCCGCUCCUCCCCGCACGGCGCGGCGGGCGGCCGGGACGAGGAGGAGUACGAGGGAUUCUCCAUCAUCAGCAGCGAGCCGCUGGGAGGCCACUGCGACACCCUGCCGCUGCCCGCCGGGCACAGGCAGCACCGCGGCAGAGGGGGCGGCCCGGGCGGUGGGCGGGGCCACGCGGUAUCCGUCUCCUCGCGGGGCAGCGUCAGCACACCCACGUCUCCCAUCAAGGCGGGCCUCGUGCCCAGCCCCAACUCGCCCUUCCAGAAGGUGGGCAAGGUGAGCAGCUCGGACACGGGCGAGUCGGACCAGUCCAGCACGGAGACGGACAGCACGGUGAAGUCCCAGGAGGAGAGGACGGCGGCGGCGCCGCUGGACCCACAGGAGCUGGCGCAGAAGAUCCUGGAGGAGACGCAGAGCCACCUGCGGGCGGUGGAGAGCCUGCAGAGGACCAGCAGCCAGGGCAGCGGGCAGGCCGGCGGGGGUGACGGAGGAGGCGUAGGGGGAGCCACCACUCCCACCGGAGGCUCUGCCUUCCGCUCCUCCGAGACCAGCGCCUUCAGCCGCCCCCACAGCAGCGCCAGCAUCAAGGCCCAGUCCUCCCCGCUUCCCAGCCGCCCCAAGCCCCCGUCCCGCACCUCCUCCCUGCAGAAGGUCAGCUCUGGCUACAACAGCCCUGCCACCUCUGACACCUCGAUGAAAGAGGGUGGCCACCCCUCCCCGACCCUAGACAGCCAUGCCCAGUUUAAGCUCAAGUACCCCAGCUCGCCCUACAGUGGCCACAUCUCCCGAUCCCCCAGCAACAUUUCCCCCAGCUCAGGCCACCAGUCCCCAUCCGGCAGCGCCCCUUCCCCUGCCCUCUCGUACUCCUCCACCGGCUCCGCCCGCUCCAGCCCGGCUGACGCCCCCGACAUCGACCGACUCAAGCUGGCCGCCAUUGACGAGAAGGUGCAGGCCAUCCACAACCUGAAGACGUUCUGGGCCAACGCAGCCCAGCAGCAGCAACAGCACGCCCGCCCCGUUCGGGCCCUGCACGGCGGAGCAGGGGCCGUGGGGGCCACCAAAAGGGACGUCCUCAAUCUCCUGAACCUCUCACCGCGACACGGCAAGCCUGGCGAGGCCACCGACAGCUUGGAGUUGCCAGAGCUCGGACUACAGUCACUCGAGCGAAGCUCCAGGAACCCUCCCAACGGUCACCGCAAACACGACCCCAGGAAAGUACCCCCCUCGCCCACCACCUCCACCAGCAGCAGCCCUGGGGCUCGCCCCAUCAGACUGCCUGCAGGGAAUGGGUAUAAGUUCCUGACGCCAGGGAGGUUCUUCCCCUCAUCCAAGUGCUGAGACACCUUUAGUUUUGUUUUCAAAUUGGUCUUCCCUCAUUUGUUUUUUUCUUCCCCUUGUCAAUGAUUGGCUAUCCCCUCUGAUGGCAGUGGGGUGCUUUCCGGAGGACCAGAUUGACCGGCUCUUCUUGAGACGUUGAAAAAGACAAAGCAGAUCCAAAGCUUGGACUAACCUGAAAGCAUAUGAUCCUCAUGCCUCCACCCACACUGUAAAGAACAGCUGAGAGAGAGACUCAAAGA